GGAAGCGCGGGGUAGGGCGCGGGCGGACCGGAAGCGCGGCCGGGCGCGGUUGCCGUGACAGCGGGCCCGGAGCCGCUAUGGAGGCCGCGGCCGCGCUCACCGACAUGUACGACCAGGCGCUGCUGGGAAUCCUGCAGCACGUCGGGAACGUGGAGGAGUUUCUACGCGUCCUCUUCGGCUUCCUCUACCGCAAAACCGACUUCUACCGCCUCCUCCUGCGGCCCGGGGACCGCCUGGGCUUCCCGCCCGGCGCGGCGCAGGCCAUGACCCUCCAGGCAUUCAAAGUCUUUGAGCGGAUGGCCUGGCAGGAUGAUGAGAAGAGGCGCCGAGAACUGGAGGCAAAACUGAGGAAGAAGGAAGAGGAGGAGGAAGCUGCUGAGAGGGUGAAACUGUACCCUGCAGCUCAGGAGGUUGAGGUAGAGACAACAGCAGAGCAUGUCCCAGCACUGGAUGGCGGGGGAGCUGCGGGGACACAGGAAUCAUCGAUAGCCCAGGACACAGCCCCCAGUCCUGUGUCAGUGGAGCCCCCGGGGGCUGCUGCCGCAGCAGAGCCCCGGCCAGCAGAACUGCCCACGAGACAGGAGCAGUUCCAGACAAACCCCGACAGCUACAACGGAGCUGUGCGAGAGAAUUACGCCUGGUCCCAAGACUACAGCGACCUGGAAAUUAAAGUGCCUGUGCCCAAGCACAUUGUAAAAGGCAAACAGGUGUCUGUGGGUAUCAGCAGCAACGCAAUUCGCGUAGCUGUGCUGGAGGGGAGCAACCAGCGCGUCCUCAUGGAAGGGAAACUCACCCACAAGAUCAAUACAGAGAGUUCCCUCUGGAGCCUGGAGCCAGGGAAGUGCAUUUUGAUCAACCUGAACAAGGGGGACGAGUACUGGUGGAAUGCCAUCCUGGAGGGCGAGGAGCAAAUUGACAUCGACAAGAUCAACAAGGAGCGCUCCAUGGCCACGGUGGAUGAGGAGGAGCAUGCCGUGCUAGACCGCCUCACCUUUGACUACCACCAGAAGCUGCAGGGCAAGCCCCAGAGCCACGAGCUGAAGGUGCACGAGAUGCUGAAGAAGGGCUGGGACACUGAGGGCUCCCCCUUCCGCGGCCAGAAGUUCGACCCCUCCAUGUUCAACAUCUCUCCUGGCGCCGUGCAGUUUUGACAGUGGCAAGAAGCAGCCAAGAAACAAAGUGGGGAGAGGAGAAACCCACCCAGACGCCCACCCAGGACCAUCACAGUCAGUGCUGGUGCCCGUAACCCUCUUGCCAAUGAUGCAUGCCACCAGUGCCCUUCCACUGCCUUUGCCACCCGGCACACUGGCACUGGGCUCGGCGGUUUGAUGUGUGUGCGGGGAAACCUGGCAAAUGCAGAUUUACGUCCCAUCACCAAGGCAACCCAAGCGGCUGGGACCCUUCUCCUCUCCUCGCCUAGCGCUGGUGAUGGCUCUGUUGUUUUUCCGGAAUAGACGGAGCUCGUUGGGUGACAUAAUUAUUA